AUGGAUGCUGCAGAGUUCCGCAAGAGAGGGAAGGAGAUGGUGGACUAUAUUGCAGAUUACCUGGAGAAGAUAGAUAAAAGACAGGUCUUCCCAGAUGUGGAACCAGGAUAUCUAAGGCCCCUCAUUCCAGACUGUGCACCCCAGGAUCCUGAGAGCUUUGAGGAUGUCUUUAAAGACAUUGAGAAGAUCAUUAUGCCAGGGGUGACUCACUGGCACAGUCCGUACUUUUUUGCCUACUUCCCUGCAGCCUCUUCCUUCCCAGCUCUUCUUGCAGAUAUGUUGUGUGGUGGAAUAGGAUGUGUGGGCUUCUCUUGGGCUGCAAGCCCAGCUUGCACAGAGCUGGAGACUGUCAUGCUGGAUUGGCUAGGGAAGAUGAUUAAUUUGCCUGAAGAGUUUUUAGCUGGGAAGGAUGGCCAAGGUGGAGGAGUCAUUCAGGGAAGUGCAAGUGAGGCUACCCUGAUUUCACUGCUUGCUGCAAGAACAAAAACUAUCAGACGGGUGCAGUCAGAAAAGCCGGAGCUAACAGAAGCAGACAUCAUGGGCAGGCUGGUGGCCUAUGCUUCUGAUCAGGCUCAUUCAUCAGUGGAAAGGGCUGCAUUGAUUGGUGGUGUGAAGAUUAAAAAUGUUUCUUCAGAUGAUACAUUUAGUGUCUGUGGUUCAGCCCUAAAGAAAGUUUUGGAUGAAGACAAAGCUUCUGGUCUUAUCCCAUUCUUUUUCUGUGCAACACUUGGAACCACACCUUGCUGCUCCUUUGACAAACUGUUAGAACUGGGUCCUAUUUGUAAUAAAGAAAAUAUCUGGAUGCAUAUUGAUGCGGCCUAUGCUGGGAGUGCAUUCAUCUGCCCUGAAUUCAGGCAUCUUUUAAAUGGAGUGGAGUUUGCAGAUUCAUUUAACUUUAAUCCUCACAAAUGGCUCCUAGUGAAUUUUGACUGCUCUGCUAUGUGGGUGAAAAAAAGAUCAGAUUUAACAGGUGCCUUUAAAUUAGAACCUCUUUACCUGCAGCAUCACCAUCAGGAGUCUGGCCUUGUAACAGAUUAUCGGCACUGGCAAAUCCCCCUGGGCAGGAGGUUCCGCUCCCUGAAGCUCUGGUUCGUGCUGAGGAUCUAUGGGGUCAAGGGACUGCAGGAGCACAUCCGCAAGCACAUCAGGCUGUCACAUCAAUUUGAACAUUUAGUCAUUCAGGAUGAAAGAUUUGAGAUCUGUGCUGAAGUUGUCUUGGGACUAGUCUGUUUUCGGCUGAAGGGCUCAAAUGAACUAAAUAAGGCGCUUCUUAAAAGCAUAAAUGAGGCCAAGAAGAUUCACCUGGUCCCGUGCCACCUGCGAGAGAAGUUUGUGCUACGUUUUGCUAUUUGUUCCCGCACAGUGGAAUCCACCCACAUCAAGUUUGCCUGGCAGCACAUCUCACAGCUGGCAACUGAUCUUCUGAAAACAUGGGAGCAAAACCACCACCAGCAGUAA